AGAAAAAUCAUUCUACUUUCAACAUACUCACCAAGAGAAAAUGGCCAAAGCUUCUUCUAAAACCGGACCCUUCACCUUGUUCAUCAUCUUCAUUGUUUUUGGUUUACUAGUUAAUAUGAGGCUGCCAAGGGUAGAAGCACAAUUGCGGUGUAAAACCGUUGCAGAUUGUAAGCCUGUUGUAUGUAUUCAACAACCUGUUCAAUGUGUGAAUGGCUUUUGUGAGUGCAUUGGUGUUUCUGCAGUUGAUAAGUUUUCAACUUCAGCACAUUGUAAAACCACAGCCGACUGCAAGAAAGAUUAAUGUUCUAGCUCUUAAAUGCAUCAAAAGCAAUAUAUGUGCUGAUGCCAAAUGCUAGAAUUUUUUUUGAUCAUGAAUAAAUUUUUAUUUUUCUUA